AAUGUUUUUCGUAUUUUUUGCAGAAUUCGCGCAUAUCAUGCACGUCUUCGCCCGGUUCGGAAAGUGGAAUUCGCGGUAGUAAAUCUUAAAAUUUUGAUUUCAAAUCUUAAUUGUAAUUCAAUUUACAAUGCUAUUGUUCAAGUUCAUCGAGUAAGUGCGCUGAAGGAUUAAAAAAAUUGCACAAAAAUAUCCCGGUCUCGACGAUCAACUCGGGCGAUCGCAAAAACAAUACAAUUACAAAUUCAGCAUUCGGAACCGUGUCCCGCAUUCUUUAUAGUGCAUAUUUUCGAUUGUGCAGCAAAUCGAGAUCUCUGAUUUGAUAUCAGAAAAUUAUAAAAAAAAAUAACACUCCUCGUUAUCAAUCUCCCCGUAUAUCGUAAACUUGAAAAAGCUGACUCACACAGAAGAGCUGUUGCUUUACUGAUGUGCGGCGUUUAUCAUCAGCACAAGUAUCAGGAGCAGUGCGAUGGCAAGUUUUGAUAAUAACCAAGAAAGCUCGUCGUUGGCGGACAAAUCAAAAACGCCCCAGUCUGAAAUCGUCGCUAGUCCGAGCGCGGUUUAUCAGAUUCACAACCUGGACACGGUGGCCGAGGAAAAUGAAGAUCCGCAAAAAGCAACAACUGGUCUAUGCGGAUGGACGACGGAAUAUCUCGUGGAAGAUAGCACCCGGACGCAGCUGUCGGCUCCCUUAGCUCGGUUACUGGCGGGCUUUAUCGACCUAUACCAAAACGAACGGGAAUUGAACUCGUUCGAUAUGCUUUUCGUGGCCAUUUAUUGUAUUUCGCUAGAGAUGGGCUUUCUACCGGAUGGUCACCGCAUCCAGGAUCAGCACUCUGUAUUCCAGCCUCGGUACGCAUCGUACGAUCGUCGUGUGAUGCGCAUUUUCUCCGAUAUUGUUCCCACAGACUUUUAUGAUCGAACCAAUCGGAGCUACCGACUAAAUCUGUACAUGCCAGGAUCCGAGGAGCAGUGCAGCCUGGUGGGAGUUGGCAGUGGAGACUUCCUGUGCUUAACCUUUACGGUUCCAAAACGUGCCGACAUAUCCGGUAAAAGCACCUUGCUCUCUGUGUCUCGAUAUGUGCCUGUAUUGAAUUUUAGGCGUUUGAAUCUUACUUUUCAAAAUUUGAAAGAGCUUUCCCAAAGACUAAAAAACGAGCUAUUUAUUCCCGUGAGAGAUGUCCUUUGUUUGGAUGAGGAUAUUCCCAUAUAUCCUUCCCUCAACGGACUUCCCGAUGAAGUGGUGGCCAGUUUACUUGUUAGGUAUUUAGAUAAAAAUUCCAGUCGUCGACUGGCUGCAACUUGCUCUCGGCUAAAGGCACUAGCUACGGCCUAUUGCGAAAAGUAGUUUGUAAAGAUCUGGGUUAUGCUCUUAUUCUGAAGAAAAUAAAAAAA